ACUAUCAUCAACCUUUGAUAAAUCUCUCAAUUCCUCUGCAGGAACCAUCGCAUGAAACAACAAUCACAUCUCUCAAUAUAAACAAAUCAUAUCCCAGAUUUCAUAUAUUCCAGAAAAUGUCGUCGCCAAAGCUUUUCUUUGCGGCCAUCUUCCUGCUAGCACUGUUCUGUCCUAAAACCGCCUCCAGAACCUUAAGCAAUCCGCCCUGUGCUCCAUCUUCUUGCGGCGAUCUUCGUAACAUAAGCUUCCCGUUUCGACUCAACACCGAUCCCCAGAGCUGCGGCGAAUCCGGCGAUUCGAAAUUCGUACUGGAAUGUCAGAACAAUCAGGCCACCUUAAUGUUGACCGACAAGAAUUACAAUGUUCUUGCAAUCAAUUACACCGAUUACACGAUCAGAUUGGUGGAUCCCGGCUCACAAGAUCAAGUUAAUCACCAUAACUGUACUUCUUUACCCAAAUACUCCGACACCAGUUAUUAUUAUGCUACUUUGGGGACGUUCAGCGUCACCGGAGCUACCAUUCCGAUCAUCUACGUCGCCUGUUCGUCAUCCCUGAGUUCUCUGGAGAAAUACGUUCCCACCAGUUUCUGUGCGAAGCCCAGAAACAAUAGCUACGUUACGAUCGGAGACAGCUUGUCGGAACAGGAAGUGGCGGAGGGUUGCAGCGUUGAAAUGGUGGGUUGGGGCUCCGUUCACGGGCUGUCGCCGGCGGGAAACACUUCCCUGUCCAGCAUCCACGCCGCCAUUAGUUACGGCUUCGAGGUUUCGUGGAUGCGUCCAUAUUUGUGUAGAGAUUGUGAGCGGAGUGGAGGGCAAUGCUUCUUUGAUGAUCCUCUCAAUCCUAGCAGCGAUGGCGUGAUUUGUAGCCACCGCUGUUACGAUGAUGCCCCAAUCGAUCUCCCUCUUCCUUGCAGCAUCCAUUACUAUGGAGUUCUGGUGGUAAUGUAUGGCGUAAUGGCAAUAGUAGCAAUUUCUGGAAUCAGACUUCUGUUUGGGAUCAUAUUUUUGAUUUCAUUGGUCACUUAUAAAUGGAGGAGACGCCACUUAUCAGCAGAUGACACCAUUGAGGAUUUCCUCAACAGUCAGAACAAGCUCCUGCCAAUCAAUUACAGCUAUGGUGAGAUCAAGAAGAUGGCUAAUGACUUCAAGGAGAAACUGGGAGAAGGAGCCAAUGGAACAGUGUACAAAGGGAAGCUGAGGAGUGGCCCUUUUGUGGCAGUUAAAAUGAUGGAGAAAAGCCUGGCAACAGGGAAAGAGUUCAUCAGUGAAGUUGCCACAAUUGGCAGGAUCCACCAUGUCAAUGUGGUGCACCUCAUCGGGUUUUGUGUCGAGGGGUCGAACCGCGCUCUGGUGUAUGAGUUCAUGCCGAACGGAUCCCUAGACAAGUACGUAUUCUCGGAAGACGGGAUCCUCCCGUUGAGUUAUAAACAAAUGUUCGAAAUCUCUCUUGGGGUGGCUCGGGGUAUAGACUACCUACACCGAGGAUGCGACAAACAGAUCCUCCAUUUUGACAUCAAGCCUCACAAUAUUCUCCUCGAUGAGCAUUUCACCCCGAAAAUCUCCGAUUUCGGGCUCGCCAAGCUCUACCCAACCGACAACAGCAUUGUGACCCUAACCGCAGCCCGGGGGACAGUGGGCUACAUGGCACCGGAACUCUUCUACAAGAACAUCGGCGGGGUGUCCUACAAGGCCGAUGUUUAUAGUUUCGGGAUGUUGUUAAUGGAAAUGGCAAGCAAAAGGAGAAACAUGAACCCCUUCACUAACGACAAUAACCAGAUUUACUUCCCAACAUGGAUUUAUGAUCAGAUUAUAGAAGGAAACGAUGUAAUAAUGAGUGGAAAUGGCAGUGAGGAAGAGAGGAAAGUGGUGAAGAAGAUGAUCGUUGUAGCUCUGUGGUGCAUACAGAUGAAGCCUGCAGAUCGUCCCGCCAUGAACAGAAUCGUUGAAAUGCUUGAAGGCGAUGGCGAUGAACUGGUGCAGAUGCCUCCAAGGCCGUUUGUGGCUCCACGAGAGAUGAAUGGAGGUUCUAUUGAGCUAUCCAUACUGCCUGAUGGCUCUAGUCUCAGAUAAAAUUAAGGAAUCAAAAUCGUCAUUUUGUACAAGAAAAAACAAAACCUUUAACUUGUAAAAAAUU